AUGGCCCGACUACCUGCCCAUUCACAAGGAAGAUUUGCAGCGUUUGGAACUGUCUAUGGGACAAACAGCGUGGGAGUGGAGCUCUCGCUUUGUUCCAGCAGGCAUCAUGCCUGUGCAGCACGGCAGUCCAGCAUCGGAGGUAGCAGUGCCCAUGCAUUCGCAACUCAUCCGCGCGAAAGUUGUGCAAGUCGGACUUUGUGGGCAUGCUGGGCCGUUGCAUCCUUGUCUCGCCGAAGGCUUCAGCCGCGUGCCAGAAGGCUGGCAGCCUGUUGGGAAUGGUCAUCUGGCAACAAAGACCAAGAAUUUCAAUCCGAGGAUGAGUACUUGAAAGCGCUUGAGGACAACGCCGAGUUGCCAGAAGGCUUUCGCAUAGCAACAAGCGAUUUGACUUUCAUCCCCAUGGAAGCUGAAGAAAUGGGAGAGCUUCCCAUGCGAAUGACUAUCAUCUACAUGGACGAGCCCAGUGACAUGGUCGCAGCAGUGUUCACGCAGAAUGCUUUUCCUGGUGCUCCAGUGCGAAUUGGUCGUCGUCGAUUUGCUGAAGCUGUGCAGCUUCAAGCGGUUGUGGUCAACAACAAAAUAAGCAACGUCUCGCCGCCUGAUGCCGACGGAGGUGUAGCAGCAAGCGAGCGGCUAUGCGAGGAGCUAGCCUCAAACUUAAACUUAGCUGGUGGGGCAAAAGCAGUGCUGCCAAGCUCAACGGGGGUGAUAGGUUGGAGGCUGCCUGUCGAGGACAUGGUAAGGGCCCUCCCAGAGCCAGGAGAGCUGAAGGGAGGCAGCGCCGUUCCUGCAGCUCGCGGGAUCAUGACUACGGAUCGCUACCCAAAGCUAUCCUCGAAAACAUUUCCUAAUGGCGCCAAACUGCUUGGCAUCGCAAAGGGUGCAGGUAUGAUUGAGCCAAAUAUGGCCACAAUGCUCAGUUUCUUAAUGACUGAUGUCAGCAUUGAGAGGGCUGAGCUGCAGUCAAUGCUUGAAGAGUGCGUAGCUUCCAGUUUCAAUGCCAUCUCUGUGGACGGAGACGAGUCAACAAGCGACUCUGUCGUUUUGAUGUCGAGCGGACUGUCGUCAGGCGAGGUUAGUCGAGAGGAGUUCAAACUGGCCUUGCAAGAGGUAUGCUGUGAUCUGGCGGCGCAGGUAGUACGCAAUGGAGAAGGUACUCGGCAUGUGAUUCGUGUGAGCGUUUGCGGCGCUGACACUGAUGACGUUGCGAGAAAGGUUGGCAAAGCCGUAGUAAACGGCCCACUCUUCAAGUCAGCAGUGGCUGGAAACGAUCCAAACGUAGGGCGAUUGAUUGGCAAGGUUGGGCAGGCAUUGGGUGCUGCCGGUGCAAGGAUGGCACAGGACUGCAUAUGCAAAAUCGGUGGCGAGACGAUCUUUGAGCACGGCCAAUUCCGAUUAGACACUGCAAAGGAAAGACGCCUAAGCUCUCAUUUGAAACUUGCUGCAGCUGACUGUGAGGUGCCUUAUCCACAACACCGUCGAGUGGUCGACGUCGAGGUGAUCUUGGGAGCUGGAUGUGGCCAGGCAGUU